AUGAUGCUACUCUGUAUCGCCAGGUUUUGUAAUGUUGUAUGCAGAGUUAAUUUAGGCACCUGCAUCCUCCAAGCUGACCCGCAGCCCCCUGCACUUUUCAAGGAUGGAGAUUUUGUCAUUGGAGGGGCUUUCACCAUUCAUUAUUAUCUGAAGACAGAGAAGCAUAUCUACAUUAGUCGGCCACGACCACUUGAGUGCAGUGGCAGCAUGGACUUCAGAGAGUUGCGCUUUGCUCGCGCCUUGCAAUUCGCCAUCCAAGAGAUCAACAACAGCUCCGAUCUUUUACCAGGCAUCACUUUAGGGUACCAUAUAUACGACUCGUGUGGCUCUGUGCCAAUGGCGAUUAAAGUAGCAUUACAGCUUGCCAACGGACUAGAUCUCGUAUUUAACGACACUGAUUCCUGUGUAAAAUCUGCUGCAGUUCCCGCACUUGUUGGAGAAUCUGGUUCCACACCGUCUAUAAGCAUGUCAAGAUUUUUUGGUCUCUUUGGAAUUCCACAGGUGAGUCAUUACGCGACGUGCGCGUGUCUCAGUGACAAGCGGCAGCAUCCUACUUUCUUCAGGACCAUCCCCAGCGACCACCAUCAAGCGGCAGCACUGGCACGGAUGGUCAAGCACUUCGGAUGGACGUGGAUCGGGGCUGUGCGCAGUGAUUCAGACUAUGGGAACAAUGGCAUGGCAUCAUUUCUGAAAGCUGCUGAGGAGGAAGGGAUCUGUGUGGAGUAUUCUGAGGCCUACUACAGGACCCAGCCGCGCAGCAAACUGAAAAGAGUGGCGGAUGUCAUUCGCAGAUCAACGGCUCGUGUGAUAGUUGCAUUCCUGGCUUCAGGUGAUAUGAGACUUCUGUUAGAAGAGUUGAGCCAGCAGCCUCCUCCUCCGAUGCAGUGGAUUGGCAGCGAAGCGUGGGUUACCGAUCCAGAAAUGCUGCGUUUUAAUUUGUGUAUCGGUGUAGUGGGUUUUGCAAUCCCGCGGUCUGUUAUCCCGGGUCUUCGUCAAUUUCUACUCGACCUGUCUCCAGAACAAGCGCUAAAAUUCCCCCUGCUGACAGAAUUCUGGGAAAGCUCAUUCAGCUGUAGUCUAAAACAGCACACAGGUUCUUCUACUGAUAUGCCAGCAUGUGAUGGGACAGAAAACCUGCGCGCUUUACAGAACCCGUAUACAGACACGUCCCAGUUGCGCGUCACAAAUAUGGUGUACAAAGCGACAUAUGCUAUAGCUCAUGCCCUCCAUGCCAUUGUCUGUAAGGAAAAUAGAUGUGACAAAAGCAUCAAAGUUGAUCCCCAUAAGGUUUUUGAUCAACUUAAACAGGUGAACUUCACUAAAAAUAAUUAUCCUGUUUCAUUUGACUCCAAUGGAGAUGCUGUGGCCGCAUAUGAACUUGUGAACUGGCAGCUUCAUGGAGAAGGUUCAGUUGAUUUUGUGACAGUGGGUCAAUAUGAUGCAUCCAAGCCUAAAGGCCAAGAAUUCAGUCUGAGCAGAGCUAUCAUUUGGUAUGACGGCAGUGAAAAGGUGCCUGUGUCUGUGUGCAGUGAGAGCUGUCCUCCAGGUACAAGGAAGGCUGCACAGAAAGGAAGACCUGUCUGUUGUUAUGACUGUAUUAACUGUGCAGAAGGAGAGAUCAGCAAUGAGACAGAUUCUUUAAAUUGUUACAGAUGCCAUCCUGAGUAUUGGCCCAAUGAUGAGAAGGACAAGUGUCUUCCUAAACCAGUGGAGUUUCUCUCCUGGGAUGAGAUCCUUGGGAUUAUACUGGCUGCUUUCUCUGUUGCUGGCUCUUUAGUGGCUUUGAGCAUAACUUUAGUGUUCUACAAAAACAGGGCCUCUCCGAUAGUAAAAGCCAACAACUCAGAGCUGAGCUUCCUGCUUCUCUUCUCAUUGUCUCUGUGUUUCCUUUGUUCUCUUACUUUCAUUGGUCGACCCACUGAGUGGUCCUGUAUGUUGCGCCACACAGCAUUUGGGAUAAUUUUUGUUCUCUGUAUCUCCUGUGUUCUCGGGAAAACUAUAGUGGUGUUAAUGGCCUUCAAAGCUACACUUCCAGGAAAUAAUGUCAUGAAAUGGUUUGGGCCUCCUCAACAGAGACUCAGUGUUUUGGGCUUCACUCUUGUACAGGUACUUAUAUGUGUGCUUUGGUUAACAAUAUCUCCACCUUUUCCUUAUAACAAUAUGCAACACUACAAAGAAAAGAUCAUUCUAGAAUGCAGUUUAGGAUCAGCUGUAGGUUUCUGGGCUGUUCUGGGUUAUAUUGGCCUCCUGGCAUUCCUUUGCUUUGUUUUAGCUUUUCUUGCCCGAAAGUUGCCUGAUAACUUCAAUGAAGCUAAGUUCAUCACAUUCAGUAUGCUCAUAUUCUGUGCUGUAUGGAUCACUUUUAUUCCAGCUUAUGUCAGCUCUCCAGGGAAAUUUACUGUAGCUGUGGAGAUUUUUGCUAUUUUAGCUUCAAGCUUUGGUCUGAUUCUCUGCAUUUUUGCUCCUAAGUGUUUCAUUAUUUUAUUUAGGCCAGAACAGAAUACCAAAAAACACUUAAUGGGUAAAGUACCAUCAAAAGCCCUCUGAGUCCUUAAACAAAAGCACUGCAAAGGUGCGCACAGUAAUUAACAGUGGACAUUAUAUAUUUUGUGAAUUUGAAGCAUAUUAUACACACACACACACACACAUAUAUAUAUGUAUAUUCCAAAGUUGCCAUAUUUCUCACAGUGAGUGUCAUGGCAUGACCAAAUACACUAUAUUUUUAAAAAUAAUACUCAUUUGUGUCACAGAAUGUAGUUUUAUGAGUUUCUUUUAGGCAGGAAUGUACUUGGUUAGACCUCAAAUAUGCAGUUUGUUAAUAAAUACUGUAUAACGUCUAUUUGAAAAUUUGGUUUCACGUUUUUUAAUGUUACAGGGCAUCGGUGGGCAUUCAGUGCUCAUACACCGACCCAUCGGCCUGAUCUUCUGGAAUAGUGGUUAAAUCUAACAGGUUUUUGGUCUUUUAUUUGUUCCAGAGCAAAUGGUUUUGGCAGAUAGCAGAAACUCUUCACGUUAUAACUGUAACUUCAAUGCAGUAUAUAAGAUGGCUGUCUUUUGUACUUUUGACCGAAUUGCCUAGGAACAUUUAUGAUAGCUGUUGUCAUUGUUCAUUACAUCUUAUUGUUUAAUAAAUAAUAUUUUAUAUAAAUAAUAAUGUUACUGGUUGAGGAAUGGUGUGCAUUUGUAGAUAUACAUCAAUUAGUAGUCCAUUAAUAUCCAUAAAAAACUGCCACGCAGGUUGAAACAAUGCGAGAAUGUGCUACCACAACUGGCAAGAGCAGCUCCGUGGUGUUUAGCGUCCCGCCACCAGCAGAUGCACGCUAAAGAAGCAAAGCUUCAGCAAAAGCAAUUAUUAUGAAUUUGUCUGAGAAAACGGUAGAGAGAGAUUCGAUUUAUUUACUAAAAAAAUAGGUUUUCUGAGUCUGCAUCACUGAAGUUGCCGAUCCUGUCUCAUGCCUUCAGGGAAAAGUGCAUCUUUACAGAUUAUGAUUAUGAUUAUUUUGUUAAGUAGUAAUUUAAAGCUUUCUAUAGAUAUUUGGCAGAAUGCGCAUGAUGUUAGUUUUCUUUAUUUUAUAAAAGUGCACCGUUUUGCUGAUAUUAUGAGCGCACGCAAAUAAAAGUAUACCCUUUACGGUUCCGAACGAUGUAUCUCUCUUAAAUGGUGUUACUAACAGCGAUAUUUUUCCAGCAACGAGUAAUCCUCGCCAUUAAAACGCCAUUACUUUUCUCACAAUAAAAUGCAGCCUUACUGUAAUCUAUUAUAGGUUCAGUUCAUCUUAAUAGAUGUGCAGUGUGACGUACCUAUAUUUGACAUACCAAAACUCUAAUGUGCCAUCGAUGCUUUGAUUCACACACGCAAUAAAAAAAGAUGCAGAGCUAGAGAGUCCUGCAUAAAACGCAGAAUGUAAACAAUAUUCUUUGCUGUAUUUUCCAGUCAAAAAAGCGUUCCUUUGGAAUUCUUCAGAAAUAGGCCUUUUAUUUACAUAGAAAAAGUCUUAGAUCUUAGUUCAGCUCAUGUAAAACGUGUUGCAUUUAGAAUUUCGGUCAGUGUAUAUAUUGCAAAUUAUGUUUUUAAUUCUGUUUGCAUGUACGUCAACUUGGAUAUCUGGUCAAUAAAAGGCUUUUAAUGAUGUAAACAUGGUCAAUCCAUUGUUAGUUGUGGUUGGACACAAAAAUAAAAUACAAAUAUUUUAUAAUUUAAUUUGGUAAACAGUACUAGUGGCUCCUAUAUAUUUACAAACUACGUAACAAUCAUAAUCCAACAGUAUGAUGAAC